GGAUCUUGGGGGCAGCCAAAAUGAUGUCCUUUGUCUCUCUGCUCCUGGUGGGCAUCCUGUUCCGUGCCAGCCAGGCCGAACAAUUAGCAAAAUGUGAGGUGUCCCGGAAGCUGAAAGACCUGGAUGGCUAUGGAAGUAUCACUUUGCCUGAAUGGGUCUGUACCAUAUUUCAUACCAGUGGUUGUGACACACAAACUGUAGUAUAUAACAAUGGCAGCACAGAAUAUGGACUCUUUCAGAUCAAUAAUAAAAUUUGGUGCAGAGACAACCAGAAUCUUCACUCAAAGAACAUCUGUGGCAUCUCUUGUGACAAAUUCCUGGAUGAUGACCUUACUGAUGACAUUAUGUGUGUCAAGAAGAUUCUGGAUAAUGUAGGAAUUAACUACUGGUUGGCCCAUAAAGCUCUCUGUUCUGAGAAGCUGGAUCAGUGGCGCUGCGAGAAGUGGUGAACGCCUGCCGUCUUUGCUGCUUCUGCCCUCUUUACUCCUCUUCCCUAUGGCUACCUCGUUUUACUUCUUUGUACCCCCUUGAAGCUAAUUUGUCUCUGAGCCCUGGGCCCUGUAGUGACACCAUUGGACAUUCAAGGUCUAUUCUCCAGGGAUGCAUGACUGGUCCUCUGGACUUUUGACCCUUGCUCAGUGCCCCUGAUGGCACUUUCAUUACAACAGUGGAUUUCACUCCUAUCCUGAAUAAAGGGACUGAUUUUGA